UAGUAAACAAAAAAAUAAAUAAAUAUAUUGCAAAUAUUAAAAAACAACAGCUAAUAUUAAAAGAAUGCAUCUACAUUUUGAACGCAACACAAAUACAAAAUGCGAUUGUACAAUAUUAUCAUUAUCCUGGAUGGGAAAGGUACCAGAUGACAUACCAGAGGAUGAUGGCUGGAAGUUAAAUCGUACCAACUACUAUCAGGAAGGUUGGCUGGCAACGGGUAAUGUGCGCGGAAUUGUUGGUGUGACAUUUACAACAUCUCAUUGUCGCAAAAAUGUGGAAUAUCCCUUACGUACAAACUACAAUUUAAGAGGACACAGAUCUGACGUUAUCCUUGUCAAAUGGAAUGAACCAUAUCAGAAAUUGGCCUCCUGUGAUAGUUCGGGCAUUAUAUUUGUGUGGAUCAAGUACGAGGGCAGAUGGUCCAUAGAGCUGAUAAAUGAUCGCAAUACACCGGUAACACAUUUCUCGUGGUCGCAUGAUGGCCGUAUGGCUCUCAUUUGCUAUCAAGAUGGUUUCGUGCUGGUGGGUUCAGUGGCGGGUCAGCGUUAUUGGUCUUCCAUGUUAAAUUUGGAAUCAACUAUAACAUGUGGCAUUUGGACGCCCGACGAUCAGCAGGUGUACUUUGGUACUACCCAAGGUCAGGUUAUAGUCAUGGAUGUUCAUGGUGCUAUGGUUUCUCAAGUCCAAUUGUGCAAUGAUGUUGGCAUUACCUCCAUGUCGUGGUCUUGUGAGAAAUUCAAAAUGGAGGAAGGCGAAGAAUCAGAACCCGGUGUAACCAAUGCUGCUAAACGUUCAUUUGUAUUGGCUGUUAGUUUUCAAAAUGGUUUUAUUUACUUACUUAAAUCGUUUGAUGAUGUUGCCCCGUCACAUAUCAAUACUGGCCUGGAUGGCUCUGUAGGUAUGGUUAUGGAGUGGAGUAAUUCUCGAGAACUUUUGGCUGUGGCCGGCACCUCUAACAAAACCAUUAACAUCAGUGAUCCUCUCAAUGGGACGGUGUAUGAAAAUAUUUUGAAAUUUUACACAGAAACUGGCGCUUUACUUUAUCAGGCCCAUAUACCCAAUACAGCGGCGCCAGUUUCGGCCUUAACCUGGGGUCACAAUGAUAAACGGUUGUUUAUUGCUACGGGGACUCAAGUUCAUAUAGCCUGGGUGUCAAGACGUGUGGCUUCUUUGCAGUUGCUAUGUCGUCUACAAAUACAAGCUAGUAUAGGAUCCGAAACUUUAUUGCCAUUGUUGCCUUUGCCUUCAAGAAUUAAAACUCUUAUUGGCAAUUUAUUUGCUCAAACUAUUCGAUGCUGUGUACCUGAUUUAAAAUCUCUUAGAGAAUUCGUUUCGCGACCGCCGAUAUGUUCGACGCGUCUACAUUGCACCAUGAUACGUCAUGACGAUGAUUCAAACAUUAGUUCUGGUACCUGUUAUACUCUAUAUUUGGAAUAUCUAGGGGGCUUAGUACCGUUGCUUAAAGGCAAACGGACUUCUAAAAUACGUCCAGAAUUUGUUAUAUUCGAUCCACAAGUAAAUGACUCUUCCGAGUUUUUUCAUCAUUCUCCCAGUUCGAAAAGUUCAUCAUCGUCGAGUCAGUCGACUAGCACGACAGCAAAAAGUCGCACUGAUUCUUCGGAUAGUGAAUACGAAGAUCGUUUACGAGGCUCACCGCAUACGCCACGUAAACGUAAGAUACGUCAACAGAAGCGUCAUGGCUCAAAUAAUGAUAGAAACACUUUAACAACUGGCAGUGAUAAUGGUGAUGCUUUAGAUGAGCUUGCUUAUGUGGAUACACUACCAGAGGAAGUGAAAUUGGUUGAGGUCACCUCAAAUAUUUGGGGCACCAAAUUUAAAAUACAUGGACUUGCUAAAACCGUCCCGGCAAACUUAGGCCAAGUUACCUAUAAAACGUCCCUGCUGCACUUGCAACCCCGACAAAUGACUCUAGUGAUAACCGAGUUAAGAGAUGAUUUUCCCCUUGGGCCCGAUCCCAGCUUUAAUCCAAAUCUCUUUUCUGAAGAUGAAGAUGAAAACUUGCUUAAUCAUACCGCGGCCAAGAGAACACAAACAACGGCAGCUGCCACGGAAGUAGCAAACCCUGUCGACUCUGGUGGUGGUGGAUGCGCCGGCGGAGGAGGAAAUAUACUCACCAGAAAACUUAAUGAAAUUGCACCACCCAUAGCUCCUAUGUCACCUAGACCAAAUCGCCUGUUAUCUAGACACAGGAAUUCAUCGAAUGGCAACCAAAUGUCGCGUUCCCAAGGUAAAAGUCCUUUGGCUAGAGCAGAGUCUUAUGAUGAUGAUUCAACUAGUGAAUCACCAGAAGCAUUACCCUCCACCUCAACCUCGGCCAUGCAUAGCAGUUCAAAUAAUCACAAAAUAUUACGUCCCAAGACCAUAACUUCCAGCUAUUCACGUUCGAAUGGUGGUUCUGGUGGUCAGUCACGUCAAGCCAUAUCGCCAUUGUUCAACGAUGGUUCCGUCCCAACAUUGCAAUCACCCAAAAAUGCUGUAGCUCCUACCGAUAUUAUAUUUGAACGCCCGGCCGUUUCGGCAGCUGGUCAAACUACACUUAUGUCCUACUCCAGCAACAAUGACUAUGCCAACAAUGUCGUUCAGGUUAAAAAUGCUCUCAUGUCGGAAACUAUACGAUCUGCUAACAGUCAUGUCAAUCCAGUGCCUCUUAAUCUCAACUUAAAUUUAGAAAGAAUGGACGCCACCAAACUGAAAUCUGGACAGGUGCCGUCGACAUCCAAAAAACGUGAUAUGCUUUAUAUAGAUGAUGAAACACAAUCGCCCAUAGUACAGCCGAUAAUUGGGGCUGCAGCUGUAACGCCUUCACCCAUAGCAAUUGUAGAAAAUCCCAUGAAAAGAACACCCACAGUGGUGUCUAUAGCACCAGCCGUACCCGAUGUUAUAACACGUAGUUGUAGUGUUGGCUACUUGGAUUCGGUAGCCAUAACACCAUCCGAUGAGGCUCUAACUGCUUUGCGAAGAGAAGCUCCCAAUAAGCGGCUGAUAUUGGUGGAUAAUCGAAAAACGAAUCGUAAGAAGAAGUCUCAUCAAGGGGACUCCCAUAAACCGAAACUAUUAUUUACGGGCAAAUCAAAAAGUUUAGAUUCCUGCGAUUUAUUAUCAGUUCAAACUAAAACUAACACCAAACUGCAUGAUAUCAAAGAAACUUCAACAGCAGCAGUAUCCACUAAAAUACCUUGUUUCACAUGUUCUAAUGUUCCAAAUCCAAGUGAAGAUUGCAAACGUUGCAAAAUAUCACCCACAUCAAGUGAUGAAAUUAUCAAACUUGAUCUAGAGGUCAUCCACUCCGGCAAAGAGGUUGCCAGCGAAAGUGAGUUGCUGAACAAAAAAUCUUCAGACAGUUUGCCAAAACGAAGAAUUGAUGUUAUCACCAGUUUCACGGAUAGCCCCCUAUUCACGCGCAAACAUCGCUUUGGCAAUCGAAACUCCACGGAUACAUCUUCACCCACGCUGGGUAGGCGGAAUGAACAUGGUUUUAAUUUAUACAAACAACUAACCGAAGGACGCUGGAGACGCAAGGAAACAAAGCAAACAGCUAAUGGCAGCGAAACUAAACAACAGUCGUCGUCGAAUGGCACAAAUGGCCAAGAGCAAUGUUUAGCUGAUGCCCGUAAUGAGGUGGCUGUAGAGGCUACUCCUGUAGAAUCAAGAGCUUCUGUUUCACUGCAUACUCAGGCCCUUACCACAUUAGAAAAUAUUAUAAGUAGAUUGAGAGACCUAGAUGAAGGUCGUUUAACGCCACCCUCCUCUCCACAACGUUUGCCACGCAGUUCGCCCGCCUCACCGGCCAGCAGCAAGAAAAAUAAACGCUACCAGAGUAGUUCACCCAUAAGGAAUAUUUUAAAUUCACCACUUUUAAAUAGACGCCAACGAAAGAAACAAAACAUUAUUGAUAGUUCGGAUGACGAGGCCAAUGGGACAAAUGGUUCCGGCGAGGAAAAUUCAAAUAAUGGUUGUAGUAAACAAUAUCGUGAUUUAGAAACAUUUCAAAAGGCUCAACUCAGGCAAAAGUUAAAACGUGGAAGAAUAGAACCGAAUGGCACCUCCAACUGCAACAAUCCAGCGCCCGUACGACGAGAGUUUGUAAUGCACAAUAAGGCGCCCAUGUGGAAUGAAAUGAGCCAAGUCUAUCAAUUGGACUUUGGGGGACGAGUAACGCAAGAAUCAGCAAAGAAUUUCCAAAUUGAAUUUCGUGGAAAACAGGUCAUGCAAUUUGGACGCAUAGAUGGCAAUGCCUAUACCUUAGAUUUUCAGUAUCCGUUUUCAGCAUUACAAGCUUUUGCUGUGGCUCUAGCUAAUGUAACACAACGCUUAAAAUAAUUAUAUUUAAUGUACAGAUGAAGCAGAGAUGAACAAAAACACAAAACCAAACCAAAAUAAGUAUAUAUUAAAUUAACAAAACCAACUUAGGUUGUAGCUUAUGAUUCUAAAAACAAACUUUACUAAUAUAUACGACAUAACUACUACAUAAAUACAUACAUACAUACACUUCUAGGAAAUAAUGAAA